UCCACGGAUUCCACGCUCCACAGAAUGAUUCCCAAGAGACAAGAUGAAAGUGUAUACUGUGGGAAAUAUUAAAACUAAAUUUCCCAAAUAAUUGUUUCUAGCUCAGGCAGAGGAAAAUGGCCGCAUCUCUGCUAGAAGGGGCCGUAUUGGGGGUGGCGUUUGAUAAAUUAUUCGUCGUCGUCGUGGAUUCUUGCCGGAAAGUGGCCGCGUUCAGAUCAGACUUUGAGAGCUUAAAAUCAACCCUCUGUCGGAUUCAACCCAUUUUUCAUGACAUAGAGAAACUAAACAAGCUCACCGGCACCCGGGAAGACGAAACAAAAGUGCUUAUCAAACAGCUCGCCGACGGCGAAGCGCUAGUCGAGGAGUGCAAGAAAAUCAAACGCCACAAUCUUUGCAAGAAGUGGCGGUACUCAAAGAAGCUGGCGAAAUUGGAGAAAUCGCUGUUGAGAUUUUUUUCUAUUGAUGUCCAGAUACAGAGUUUCAGGGACAACAAGAAAACUCUGGUGACAGUGAAUGGCAUAGAUGAGAAAACGGAUGAGCUUCUUGCGCUUGUCAAGAAUCUUACAAUCAAUCAAGGGGCAACUGCUAUGGGCACUCCCAGUGCGUUUCCUGGGUGGGUUGAUGUGCCGGCAGUCCCAGCUGGUUUAGUGGGAUUCGAUGUUCCCCUUCUGGAGUUGAAGAAGAUGGUGGAUGAAGCAGAUGAAGAACUUGUGGUGGUGAUCUCCGCUCCUGGGGGCUGCGGCAAGACGAGUCUAGUGAAACUGCUCUGCCACGACAAAGAUAUUAAAGAGAAAUACCAGCAAAUCUACUUUGUCACGGUUUCAAGAACACCAAACCUCAGGAGCAUUAUUCACAAAAUUUUUAACAAGUUAAGCAAUGGAUUGGUGCCUGACUUUCAAAGUAAUGAAGAUGCACUCAACCAACUGCAACAUCUACUACAGGAGCAUUUAGUGGGCAAAUCUAUGUUGCUGGUCCUGGAUGAUGUUUGGAAUGAAUCACUUUCAGUUCUUGAAAAACUCAUCUUUCCCAUACAAAAUUACAAAGUUUUGGUUACAACAAGAUGCAGAUUCCCACAGUUUAAAUAUACGUAUAAAUUGAAAUUGUUGCCUGAUAAUGAUGCGAUGAUUCUAUUUUGUAACUAUGCCUUUGAAGGUGGGAAAUGUAUUGUUCAAAGAGAUCUUGUGGAUAAGGUGGUAAAAAGCUGCGGAGGAUUCCCGUUGGCUCUUAAGGUUGUAGGAAGAUCUUUGUACAGACAAAAUGAGUUUUUUUGGAAUGAUAGAAUUAAGAAGCAGUCUAAGGGUCAAAUCCUCUUUCCUUUGGGUAGCGAUCUGCUUGAUUGUCUCCAACCAAGCAUCGAUGCCUUGAAUGAAAUUUUGAAAGACUGUUACCAAGAUCUGGGAUUAUUUCUUGAAGAUCAAAGAAUACCAGUAGCGGUGCUUUUGGACAUGUGGGAGGAACGUUACAAUCUUGAUGAUGAUGGGUUUUCAGCUUUUAAUAUCCUUCUCCACCUUGCUUCGUACAACCUUGUCGAUCUUGCCCUUAGAAGAAAAGAUGAUCCUGCCAGCAUUGGCUUCUCUAAUGCAGUGCACUAUGCCCGGCAACAUGAUGUGCUAAGAGAAUUGGCUAUGUACCAGAGUGUCAAUGAAACCAUAGAAAAUCGAAGGAGAUUAAAUAUUGACAAUGAUUUCCCUCCAUGGGUGCUUAAACAACCAAGGCUACUACUUCAAGUCCAAAUGCUAUCCAUCUCUACAGAUGAAACAUUAUUCUCCAAUGACUUGCAACUUCCAAAUCUUGAAGUACUAUUGUUGAACAUUCAAUCAAGUUCUUAUACCUUACCAAUAUUUGUGGAGAAAGCAAGCCAUCUAAAGGUUCUCGUUGUCACGAAUAACGGUUUCUCCCCAACCGUGUUUAGUAACUGUACUCUGCUUGGCCAUUUGCACAACUUAAAGAGAAUUAGGUUGGAGCGUAUAUCAUUUUCUUCCAUCUGUCAAUCAACUUUCAUGUUGGAAAACUUGCAGAAGAUUUCAUUGGUCAUGUGUGAGGUUGGGGAUGCAUUUCGGGAUUGUGUUGAUCGGAUGCCAAACCUUCUGGAAAUUAAUAUCGAAUACUGUGAUGACUUAAAAAAGCUGCCAAUUGGUAUAUGUGAUCUUGUCAAUCUUAGGAAGCUUAGCAUCAGUUACUGCCAAAAAUUAGAUGAAAUUCCUGAAGAACUAUGCAACUUGGAGAACUUGGAAGUUCUGAUGCUUCACUCAUGUUCAAACCUGACAGGGUUACCGGAUUCAAUGGAAAGGCUCUACAAACUAAAGUUCCUGGAUAUAUACGAUUGUGUGGAUUUGGAUCCCAUUCCUGAAAAAAUUGGCGAAUUGCGUUCUUUAGAGACCAUCUUUAUGGGAGGUCGUCAGGGACUAGAUGACCUGCCUGAUACAGUACGGAACCUUGCACAAUUAACAACUGUCAUAUGCGAUGAGGAAACUGCUUUUUUGUGGGAAAAUUAUAGAGACUAUUUUAAGGAUCUAAGGAUUAGCAUUGUAAAGGAUGAUAUGAAUUUGAAUUGGCUCCAUAGAUCGUCAUGCCUGGGAACCUUGUAGUCGGUGCAAAGAUGAUGACCAAUUGUUCCGAAGGCCAUUAACACUUUUGCAUUUCUGUGUAAAAGGACAGUCAUGCCGAUAUAAGUAAGUUCAGGCAUUUUCUUGAUGUAUUAUGUGUGUGACAUUCUUGCUAGCAUGUAGAAGAUGUGGAAAGGACAAUAUGUUAGCUGCCAUGGAUUGAAGGAUUUGGAUGUCAAAUAUGCAUAUUUUCACCUGUAACUGUGAAAUAAGAGUGAUUGUAAUUGUAGCAUACAAGUUGUAGUUGACAGAAUCUAGGACUUAGAACAGUAAUGUUAUUUUUGCUACUAAUUGCCUGUUGGAUGUGUGGCAUAGGAAGAAGCAGUUUGUCUGGAAUUAGAGCAAUAAAAUGAUGUAUGUAUUCUUGUUGAAGCAUCACUGUUUGAUCAGAGCAGCUGAUCUCAAUCUGUAUAGCAUGAUUAACUCAAAAGACAUUGACAAUCAGCUGAUGAAUUGCAAAAAAUAUUCAAUUGUUA